GCAGGUCUGCUCCUUACCACAUAGCAAUUCGUCCUGUCAGCCUACAAGUGAAGAAGCUCGAGUUUAUAAAAGAACAGUGAGGACAUGAGUCAUCCAGAACCCAGCAGAAUAAAAUGCGAAGUUACUGAAAAACAAAGAGACCCGGUUAAAGAGAAUGAAGAUGGUGAACAACUGAGUGAUGCAGAGGAAAAACAUGUCAAAAGUGGAGAAAGUAAUUUUUUGCUGAAAAGCAGAGCCAAAAAAUCUUUCACCUGCUCUCAGUGUGGAAGGGGUUUCUCAUGCAAACAAAGUCUUAAGAUUCACAUGAGAGUUCAUAGUGGAGAGAAACCGCACACGUGUGAUCAAUGUGGGACGAGUUUUGCACGAAAAGAAACCCUUAUUUCUCACAUGAAAAUCCACACUGGAGAGAAACCGCACACAUGCGAUCAAUGCGGGAGGAGGUUUGCACAGGCAAGAACUUUUAAAUUACAUCUGCGUUCUCAUUCUGGAGAAAGACCAUAUAACUGUGAUCAGUGUGGUAAAAGCUUUUCUUAUGGAGAUUCCCUGAAGAGCCACCUAAAAGUUCACACAAAGGAGAAGCCUUAUGUGUGUUCUUUGUGUGGAAAGAGUUUUCCACGACUAGGUGCUUUUAAAUUACACCAUAAAAGACACAGCGGUGUGAAAGAGCACAUGUGCUUUGAUUGUGGGAAAACCUUCAUUACAUCUGAUAAACUGAAACGACACCAGAUAAUCCACAGUGGAGAAAAACCUUACAACUGUUCACAAUGUGACAAGGUAUUCUCUCAACCAGAACAUCUGAAAAGACAUAAGAUGAUCCACACUAGAGAAAGCUCUUUCUGACUUCUGAAAAGCCACACAGUGUGGGAAGAGUUUCACACAUGUAAGUGGUCUUAAAUCACAUUUGCUUUCACAUUAUGGAAAAAGACCAUUGUAAAACAGACUCCUGCCUUCUAAUGAGACCUUCUGAACUUGUUCUGAAAACGGGACUGAGAUCUUUGCCAAACCCCUUUCUAAAUGACAAAGAGACUAUCUUUAAUAUUAAAGACAUUCUAUACUUUAGUUUCAUUUCAGUUAAGACUCUUGUUAGCUAGUUCAGUUACAGCCAGUUCAAUUGUGCACUGGACAAUUCAAAUAUUGAUUCUGUUAAAAUUCCUGUGACUUCAAAAUGUUUAAUACCUUUUGAGCUUUCUGUUAACUCUGAUCAGUGAUGCAAUAAAAAUGUUUUUGAACAGGUU